GAGCAAUCUUGAACCACCCCUCCAGCACUCACCAUUCCCGAAUGAAACUACCAUCCGAGUCAACCUUCACCCAUUCAGAAGUGACGAUGGUUAAUAAUAUAUGUGCUAGUGACAAACUGACAAUGGUCAAUGAAAAUGCCUUCACCAGAUCCGUUGGCCCACGGCAUUGAAUAAAAUUGUAUAAAUUUGGUGUACCCCAACCAUUUAAUUUGGAUAUUUUCCCAUAUAUGAAAAAUAGAAAGUUGCUCUAUACCGGGGGUGGAUAAAUUUAAUUGCCACUAUUACUAGCUACCACAAAUGACACGAGAGGAACCAAAAUAAAUUUGGUUUAGCUUAGUAUGACAAGGCCUGUCAAAGAACACGAUCUUUUCUGAGGAGAUUUGUUUGUUUUCUACCAUUUUGGCUCGAAUUUUCUGACAAAAUAUAUCUCCAAUUUUAUGAUGUGUACUGUAUCCAGCCAGCCCACCAAUUUUUCCUGCUUAAUUCUCGAAUAGCCUCACUCCAGAACACACAAACCAAAAAAAAAAGACAGAGAGAAAACGGGGAAGAAGAUGGAUGAAAUCUUGUUGCAAAAACAUAGUAGCUAUGAGUUGAUAAGUUCGGAGCUGGAAGAUGUGCUCUCGGACGGGAGUUUGCCGGUUUCCCGGCGACUAUGGCGAGGCCUCAGUAUUGAAUUCAUGACCCUUUUCCGGCUAGCUGCGCCUGCAUGCGUGGUGUACUUGCUUAACAACGUGAUUUCCAUGUCUACUCAGAUUUACUGCGGACAUCUUGGUAACGUUCAACUUGCUGCUUCUUCCCUUGGCAAUACCGGCGUCCAACUUUUCGCCUAUGGACUCAUGCUUGGCAUGGGAAGUGCUGUGGAGACACUUUGUGGGCAAGCAUACGGUGCACACAAAUAUGACAUGUUAGGCAUAUAUCUCCAAAGAUCAACCAUACUUCUCAUGGCAACUGGAAUUCCCUUAACGCUAGUUUACAUCUUCUCCAAGCCAAUCUUGCUCGCUCUCGGCGAAUCGGAAGAAGUCGCGGAGGCUGCUGCAUUAUUCGUUUAUGGCCUAAUCCCACAAAUAUUUGCAUACGCUGCGAAUUUUCCCAUACAAAAAUUCUUACAAGCACAGAGUAUCAUCUUCCCAAGUGCAUUGAUCGCAGCGGUAUCCCUGGUGAUUCACGUGUUGUUAACAUGGGUUGUGGUCUAUGUGUUGGAUUGGGGUCUUUUAGGUGCAUCAUUGACACUGAGUUUCUCGUGGUGGAUUAUUGUGGUGGCUCAAUUUGUGUAUAUUUUGAUGAGUGAAAAGUGCAAGAAAACUUGGACUGGAUUCAGUUGGCAAGCGUUUUCAGGACUAUGGGAGUUCUUGAAAUUGUCAACUUCCUCUGCUGUGAUGCUCUGCCUUGAGACUUGGUACUUUCAGAUUUUGGUCUUGGUUGCUGGUUUGCUCCCAAAUCCUACUAUUGCAUUGGAUUCCCUAGCGAUUUGUCAAACAAUCCUUGGAUGGGUGUUUAUGGUGGCAGUAGGUUUCAAUGCAGCAGCAAGUGUAAGGAUUAGCAAUGAACUCGGAGCGGGACACCCCAAAUCGGCAUCAUUUGCAGUGGUGAUAGUGAACUCGAGUUCUUUCAUAAUCUCGGCAAUUUGUGCCGUUCUCGUGCUCAUUCUCCGGCAUGUCAUGAGUUACGCAUUCACCGAAGGUGAAGUUGUUGCUGAAGCUGUGUCAGACCUUACUCCUCUUUUGGCCAUCUCUAUUCUGCUGAAUGGAGUUCAGCCUGUUCUAUCUGGCGUUGCUGUUGGAUGUGGAUGGCAAACCUUUGUUGCAUAUGUGAACGUUGCCUGCUACUACAUUGUUGGCAUUCCUUUGGGAGUAUUACUUGGAUUUUACUUCAAUCUUGGUGCCAAGGGGAUAUGGUCGGGAAUGAUAGGAGGGGUAGCAAUGCAAACUUUGAUAUUACUUUGGGUCACUUUCCGAACCAACUGGAAUGAUGAGGUACUAUUUAUUCUUAAUUUCUAGUUCACUUCAUAACCCCUAAAAGCCAAAACAGUAGGACGUAUAAAACUCCAAAACCUUAAUAACAACGAUCGAAAUGAAUUAAAUUUUCUCAAAAAAAAACUUGGAUAUGUUUGAAAAUUUUCAGGUAGACAAGGCCAGGAGUAGGCUGGACAAGUGGGGCGACCAGCGGCAACCUAUGUGAAUGACGCCCCGUCUGAUCAUUAUUUUCCCCUCCAAAUUUAAUAAUAUCAUUUUAUUUAUAAUCGAGGUCUAAAUCUUGUACGUAUCAUAAGAACGAAGGCAAAACAAUUUAUUUUUUUCAAACAAAUUAAGCAGAUAUUCACUUUUAAAUAAGUUGGGAAUUCUUUUUUUUUUUUUAUAUACAGUUGUCUUUCUCUUUAUUGUCACAUAUAAGAUUAUCGAGGAAUACAGGUAAAAAAAAAAAGGGUCGGGAUGAGCCUACUCUAUCCAACUCUAGGAUAUCUUUAAUUGUAUAUGGAGGUUUUGACAAAAUAUGCAUUCCGAGAAUAAGAAAGACCAAAUUUCGCUAGGACAUUUGGUCGAAAGCAUAUAUUUUACUUCUAAUCCUUUUCCAGGUACCAGGCCCAAAUCCAUCUUCAACAAAUUUAGAGAUCUCUUGUGUUUAACCAGCCCAAGAUUAUGGGGGUUUCAAGACUUUCAUCAUAUGUACUGCUAAGUGUUACACUAAUCCGGUUCUUUGUAAACAGCUAUCUCAAUAAUUUUCUGGGUUGAAACUUGAGAGACUAAUCAUUCCCAUUUUUGAAUAUUAAGUUUACAUAUAUCAGCACAUAUUGCUUCUUCUUUUUUUUUUUUUUGUAUAUUCCAUUGGCCUUAUUUUGCUAAUUC